AUGAAGCUUUUGGUUCUCUGUGUUGUAACUGUGCUUUUUUCUGUUAUAUCUGCUGCCAUUCCAUUUAAAGAAUGCGAUAGCAAAACACAUGUGAAGGGUGUCGGUGUUCUUGGAUGCACUGUGGCACCAUGCACUCUGAAAAGGGGAACAAAUGCUACGAUUGAAGUGGACUUUGUUGCUGACACAGCUGCCAAACAACUCAAAGCUGUAGUUCAUGGUAUCAUUGGUGGGGUGCCCAUUCCAUUUAAUCCCCCCAAUGUAAAUGGAUGUGUAGACUCAGGAAUCACUUGUCCAGUGGUGGCUGGAAAAAGCUACAAGUAUACCAACAAAAUUCCAGUUCUGAAAGAUUACCCUAAGAUAAGACUUGUUGUGAAGUAUGAACUUGUGAAUGAAAAUAGCCAGUCAAUGUUUUGUGUUGAACUUCCUGCUCAGAUCCAGUAA